CGCGACAGUAUUUGGGACAAUAUCAUCCUGCCAGAAUGGCUCGAUACAGUCUGGCCGCGGUCUUUAAAGGAGCAUCCUCGCACUCUUGAACAUGCGCAUCCUCCUUGAGCUUCAACAAGCAAAUCGCGAGAAUGGUCGUCCCUGUUGGAUACAUCCCAGGCUUUGUCUGCACUCUUGCGACAUGCUCCGUGAGUAAAUGGGGAUUCAUCCAUUACCAACCUUCGCUGCCUGGAAAUAUCCUCUUCCUCAUCAUCCUCUCUGCGCUAGCAGUUGGGCAGCUUGUUCUCGGGAUCAAGUUCAAGAGUCGAAUUGUGUGCGUGAUGAUGCUGCUUGGACUGGCAUGCGAGAUUCUUGGAUACAUUUCGAGGAUCUUAAUGCAUUAUGAUCCAUUCGACAGGGCAUACUUCCUCUGGUAUCUGAUCUGCUUGACGAUUGGGCCUGCGUUCUUAGCUGCUGCCAUCUAUGUCUGCCUAGGACGGAUCGUGGUGGUGUAUGGAGAGCAUAUCAGCAGGAUUCGUCCAAGGACCUACACCAUCUUAUUCAUGGGCUGUGACUUCGUAAGCCUGGUGAUUCAAGCUAUCGGAGGUGGAAUUGCAACUUCUGUGCCGUUGACAAAUCAGAAAACUAUCAACCUUGGAACGCAUAUCCUCGUCGCUGGAUUAUCUUUCCAAGUAGCAAGCUUGUUCGCUUUCUCUGUCUGUAGUACAGAAUUUCUUUGGAGAGUACACAAACAUCAUGGCGAUCGGAACUUAGAACAUGCAGACUUGUACAACAGCAGGAAGUUCAGAUUGUUCUUGAUUUCUCUUGGAAUUACCACAGUAUGUCUCUUUGUGAGGACUGUCUUCAGAUCCGUCGAAUUGAGUGGAGGAUUCGGUGGUCACUUGGCCAAUAGCGAGGUUCAAUUCAUGGUGUUGGACGGGAUGAUGGUGAUUAUUGCUUGCUUUUGCUUGACAGUCAUGCACCCCGGAAUAGGAUUUGGGGAUAAAUGGGGAGCCUCGAGAUUCUCGUUUGGGCGAAAGAGAGAAAUGGUGGUGGAGCAGGGAGGAGAGAUGGAUGAAAGUCCUGCUAGUGCAGAAAAGGCUGGAGUGAAUGUGGCUGCACAUCAAACCUGAGAGUUAUGAGGCAUUGGGGAGGAGGAGAUAUGGAAUUAGAGCAAGAUCAGAAGACAUUUAGGCAGUGCAUGCGGGAUUCCAAUAAACUCAAGCCAUGUCUCAGUCAAGAAAUCAAGUUUUCGU